CUUUAAAACUUUACAAACACUCUCAAUGUGUUGGUAUGUAAGAGAAAUAUGUUGUUAUUCAACCCUAAAUUCACUCGACCCCUACAGGUCAAAGAAUGAGUCCCUACUCUAAACGGACUCUGUAGAAAACCUAACCCAACCUGACCAUGAGAGUCGAACCAGGCCAAAUCAGUGGGUAAUGGGUAUUUAGGUUGUCGAUAUGGUCUACCAAAGAUCUCACACGGGAGAAACAAAAGGUAGGGACAUAUGGUCACCGGAGAUGUCAGAUUCAUGAUGAAGAGUGCAAAUUUUUACAGGCUUUACCACUUAAUGUAUCAAAACUCAAUUGGGGGGGGGGGGGGGGAGCGAUCAAUUAGAUCCUCACUUUACGCUGGUGGGGCUGGACACUACCAGCCCUAAUAGCGAUCAAUUAGAUCCUCACUUUACGCUGGUGGGGCUGGACACUACCAGCCCUAAUACAACUUUAGAACUUGUUGUUGGAUUGUCACUCAACUACACUACACUACACUUAAAAAAACAAUGACAAAUUUCAAGGGAACAUUUAAAGUGGGACAAGAUUAUGAAUGAUUAGUACUAAACAAAAUAUAUGCCAUGUACUAAGAGACUCGAUAAGGAAAAUAACUUUUAACUUCCAACAUCUCUCCUACUCUGCCUUGCUCUCUAAGGCUCUCCAAUAGAAGCAAAAGGUUAUGUAUCUCCAAAAAGAAAAGCCAGAUACCACAGUCUAUAUAACUUGUAGUUGAGCCCUUGCUGUCAGAUUCCAUUCCACAGAAGCACACACAAAACUUCCAAUCCAAGGCAAGCACCUUUCUGUGGAAUAAUUCUUCACCAAAGUUUCCCUAUGUGCCCCAUACCAUCAUGCAAUUCUUUUCUUUUCAUAAUUAAAGAGGAAAGUUCAAAUCUUCAGCAAACCCAUGUUUAAGGUAAGAAGAAGAGGGUGAAGACUAAAAGACUAAAGAGAGCUUCUCCAAGGCUCAAAGGGUCUUUUCUGUGUGUCCCUCUUCUGUUCAAUCUUGCAUGAUUAGAGGUGAUUAUGAUUAAAUGUCCCAUUACUUGAAUGUCACUAAUCAAUUGAUUAGCUGCUAAUUUUGCAUUUGUUUUGCUGGGUUGUAAAGUAAGACUGAAGGCUGUUUUCUACUUCCAUUACCACCUUUACAAACAGCCAACCAACUACAAUAUAUGAUAAAUAGGAUCACCAUAGCCAAGAGAAAGCUAGAGGUAAAGAAAAGAACCAUUGUUUGGGUUCUUCAGGAAAUCAUGACAACACAAAAACAGGUGGUGGUGGUGAAGAACAACUCAGGGCAGCAGCAGCAGCAGCAGCAGCAGCUGGUUUCCUACAAGGAGAUCAGUCCAAUGUUGCAGCUGGAUGACAAGGAGGACGAGAUGUCUCGAUCUGCAAUCGCGAUGUUUCGCGCGAAAGAGGAGGAGAUCGAGAGGAAGAAGAUGGAGGUUCGUGGCAGGGUUCAGGCUCAGAUGGGUCGUGCUGAAGUUGCUACCAAGCGGUUGGCCGAGAUUCGAGAAGAGCUUGAAGCUUUGACGGAUCCGUUGAGGAAGGAAGUGUCGAUGGUGAGGAAGAGGAUUGAUGCUGUCAACAAGGAACUCAAGCCAUUGGGCGUUAGUUGCCAGAAGAAGGAAAGGGAGUACAGAGAAGUACUUGAAGCAUUCAAUGAGAAGAACAAGGAGAAGACACAACUGGUUUCCAAGUUGAUGGAGAUGGUGGGUGAAAGUGAGAGAAUGAGGAUGAAGAAGCUGGAAGAGCUGAGCAAAAGCAUAUCGACACUCUCCGCUGAAUGACCAAACAUAUUAUUGCUGACAUGUCAAAUGUUGUCUUUGUUUUGGAUUAACAUUUGUGGUUUUGUUAUCCGCAUCAAUCGUCACCUCCUUCUGGGUUUUUCUUUCCCCAAUUUUUCAUGAACAUGUUGUUGACACAGUCAUGAACCAACCAGGUUUUGGUACUAAUUAAAUGCCUAAUUAGGUCACUCAUAUCUAUGUCUGAUUUGGAUUUCUCUUGUCUUUUUUGUUUUGUUGUUGUAUUCAAAUGUAAGAUAGAUACUCAUGCUUUGUUUACCCAAUCGAGUUUACCGUCUUACCGAUCAGUUAUUGUGGUUUAACUUUGUUGAAUCACACGUUUAAGAGUUGUCGGGCAAAAAUUUUCGAGAAACCAACUAUAUUGUUAUGGCUAACUGACUAUUAUAAAUAAUAUGAUUAGCAAUAAAUACAAAUUAUUUAA